AUGUCAUCAUUGACACUUCUAAUUUCCUCUCUCUCUUUCUGGGAUGUCUUAAUUCUCUUUGGCACCUUUAUUAUACUUUACAUUACUAGAUUCUAUUACUCAUAUUUUACUCGCGAAACUCCAUUCCCUGGCCCGCUUCCGCUGCCCCUUAUUGGCAAUAUUAUUCAAUUGAAUCUUUCUGGCGACCUUCAUAAUUGGGCCUUAGAAAACCAAGCUAAAUAUGGUGACAUAUGGGAAGUGUAUAUUGGCAGCGAUAGACAGCUCUGGCUGGCACGGGCUGACCUUGUCGAGAAUAUACUGACUGCAUCAAAAGACAACAAGUAUUUUAUCAGGAACCCUCCCAGCAGCGGACUCGAUAUAAUGGGAAUGUCAUCUAAUGGACUAAUAUUUAAUCGAAAUAGAGAACGAUGGCACUUUUACAGAAAGAUGUUUGCUCAGACCCUUAGUACAAUAAAGUUCUCCAGACAAGCCACAGAAUGGGUUCAGCAGGCGUUUGCUAAUAUGGAAGGAUAUUUUAUGGAGUUGGGUUUCGACAAAAAAGUCUUCAAUUUUGCUGACUGGAUGCCUCGAUUUACCGCAGAUAUGACAUUUCGUAUAGCAAUGGACAAGCACGCUUGCACGAUGGCUUCACUAUACAACACUCAUGCUCCAUCCAAGCCUGCUCCAUAUCCUCAAGAAGUGGUCAAUGAAGCGAACGAAUUCAUUACUGCGUUUAAGAAAUUUACCAGCACAAUAAGUUACUUUCUCCUCACACCUGAAAUAAUUCGCACUAAAACUCCUACUGGACGUAGCCAGACAAAAGAACAUCUGGACAACUUAAACUGGCUUCACAAGUCUUUGAUUAAAAUUAUCCAACAAAGGAGAAAAGAAAUUGAAAAGAUUAACGACAACAGCCAAUUGAAAUCCGAUUUCUUGACAUUAAUGAUUACAGUAAAUACACCAAAAGAUAUGACACAGAAGCGGGGGGACGGCACCAUCGAAGAGCCACUGACGGACGAGGAUAUCAGAGCUAGUAUAAUGGAAAUGUUGCUUGGUGGUAUUGAUACGCUAAUUGUCAAUCGUGAAUUAAACAAACAGACAUCGAAUUUGACUUGCUUCAUAGUCUAUCUUGUAAUUACACAUCCGGAAGUCAAAGCACGUCUCCAACAAGAACUUGACACAGUCCUCGGAACGGAUCUUUCUCGACCAAUCAAAUAUGAAGAUUUAAAUAAAUUGGUAUAUACUGACGCUGUCAUUAAGGAAACUGGUCGGCUUAUGCCCGCCACCUCCAUAAAUCUCCGUGUGGCCGAAGAAGAUGACGUAAUCGGUGGAUAUCCCAUCAAGAAAGGCCAGCAAAUAAUCAUUUCCAGCCUUGGAGUUCAACACAACUCUAAACACUGGGCUAACCCAAAAGAAUUCAAUCCUGACCGCUUUCUGGAACCCAAUAAUCAUAACAUUGACAGAUACUCGCUUGAAAUAUUUGGAGGAGGUAUGCGUCUAUGUCCUGGAAGGCAGUUGGCUAUGACAGAAAUGAAAACCAUUGCUGCUUUGAUCUUUCGUAAAUUUGAUCCCGAAUUGGCCACACCGGAUACUGUGCCAAAGAUCAAAUAUGAAUCUAUGAACCAAUGCUACGAAUUGAUGUUGAGAUUUAAGCCGAGAAAAGCGUAA